AUGAUUAAGACGGCCAAGAGAUAUAACGUAAGCUUCGCGGCAGUAAAGCUGAGCUCUGCCAUGAAGAAUGCGUUACCGAUCUGGUAUCACCUGGGCGCGAAGAGGCGUUUACGCCUACUGAACAAUACACGUGUCAGCGAUUGCCUGCGAGAGAGGCAUGGGGUGACCUACGUAGCGGACCUCCUCGGGUUGGCACAUCGGGCAUGCUUCAGGGCGGCGAGAUUGCUCUCGAAUGACUUCAUCCCCAGCUCAUGCGAGUGCGCGGAAUGCAGGACGGAUGCGUCCCGGGGCUGCAGACACCCUCUGGGCUGCUGUAAGGCAGCCGCGCACCUCUUAGAACAAGUUCGUCCGAAAUGGCACCCGGAGUUUGAGCCCAUCCCCGACGGGCUGACCCUCACGUCGAAACGGAUCGAGGCCAACGCUGUCGCCCUUGAAUCGGAGGGCGAGACGAUUUUCGACCCGACGCUCACGAGCAGAGGGCCUGUGAUGGAAGCUGUACGGGUUUUCGUGGAUCCGAGAGUCCACGACGAACCCCCAGCAAUAAGAGCACGCUCGGGAAGAGUGGUGAACGAUGAGGAGGUCACUGCUUAC